UUAAUUUCUUAUAGUUUAUGACUAUGAUAGUUUAUUCCAAUACUGGUUAAGUAAUCUUAAAACUCAAAUAAUAUCAUAUAAAAAAAAAUUUUGACUUUUAAAAAGAAAAUGGCUGAAUUACCAUCAGGAUUAAUAAGUCAUACUAAAAAAGUUUGUAGUCUUUACAAACGUGCUUUACGUACAUUAGAAAGUUUUAAUUAUAGAAGACAUGAAUAUAGAUAUGAAGCAGUUUUAUUAAGACAACGUUUUGAAAAAAAUCGACAUAUACCAGAUGCUCGUAUUGCAAAAAAAUUACUAUUGGAAGGCGAAGAAGAAUUAUUUAAAAAAUGUCAUUGGGAUCCAUAUAAAUUUCCUGAUAGUCCAGGUGGAAUAGUUCAUGGGCGUUUUGUUGAACCACCCGAUGCUGUGCUUGAUUUUUGGGAUCCAAUUGAAAAAGCUCAAUAUCCAAAAUAUUUUGGUCAAAGAGAAAAACUUAAAGUAGAAUAUGAAAAAUUAUAUAAAAAAUUAUAUUUAGAUAAUAAAGAAACUUCUAAAUCUAAUAAAUAAAUGAUUCAAAUUAUAUCUGUAAUGAUAUAAUGUAGUUAAAAUAAAGUACAUUAAUAUUUAAAUAUAAUGUAUAUAAUAAAUAACAUAUAUGUAAUAUAUAUAUAUAUA